UAUCACUUCCUCCCGCAGGAAACCAGCUGGCAGAGAAACAGAUAAGAUGAUGGCUGAUGUUCCAGAAGACAACUGCAUCAAUCUUAUCAACAUGAAAUUUAUUGACGGUACACUUUACUUUGAAGCUGAAGAUUAUGAAAACCUGGAACCUGAUCACUUCGGCAGGCUUGAAGCUAAAACCUCUAUCUUACGAAACGUGAAUAACCAAAUUCUUAUCAUGAGUCAGGGAGAUGAAGCUGUGUUUGAAGACAUGCCUGAUCUUGACUGUCAAGAAAAUGAAUCGCAGAUCACAUUUAUCAUAUUUAACUAUAAAGAUAGCAUCAGCAGACGUCACGCAGUAACCAUCUCCGUGAGGCAUAAGAGACUAUGUACUCUCUCCUGCAAAGACAAAAUUAUUUCCUUUAAGGAAAUUGAUCCUCCUGCUGCUAUAAAUGAUGAAAAAAGUGACAUCAUAUUCUUUGUGAAUAGAAUUACAGGAUAUAUUAAUAAAAUAGAAUUUGAGUCUUCAUUGUACAAAGGACACUUUCUUGCUUGUGAGAGAGAAGAUGGCCUUUUCAAACUCAUCUUGAAAGAAAAGAAUAAAGGUUCAAAUGUCGCUGUGCGUGAAAUAAAGGAUAGAUCUGUAAUUUUCACUAUUGAAGACAAUAUAAAAUAA